AUGGAGAUGGAGAAGAAGAGAGAGAUUAAGCAUCGUUUUCAUGAGCACCCCUUGGUGUUUGUGGAAGAUCAAAUUAAUGAAGGUGAGAAAGCUUACUGCUCAGCCUGUGGGGAUGUGAUUUCAGAUCCAUGCUUUAGUUGUGCACCCUGCAAUUAUCACCUUCAUAACAACUGUGCCCUCGCACCCCAGACAAUUUCCAGUCACCCUCUCCAUCCCCAGCACAGAUAUGGCCACAUCCUGCCUUCCAUCACUCGCGUUGUUGAGGUGAGUGAAGAUGGGGAAGCCACAAAGAUUGAACAUUUCUGGCAUGAAGGUCAUUGCUUGGUGUUGGCAGACAAGAUGGAGGAGGAAACUGAUAGAAGAUGUGAUGGGUGCAUGCUACCUGUCUCAACUCUGUUUUAUUAUUGUUCUGAAUCAGAAUGCCAUUUCUAUCUCCACAAAAACUGUGCUGAGCUGCCAAGAGUAAAGCGUCAUUGGUUUCGUCGAUUGACUGCCACUCUCUACUCCACAAGCUUCAGGCACUUCCUGUUUUAUGAUUUCAAAUGCAGGGAGCUAUGCAAUGGUUGUGGCGCUGACACAGGUCGAUAUGGUGCAUUCAGAUGUGGAAAGUGCAGUUUUACUUUGGAUUUCAAAUGCUUAUCAUUACCACAAUCAGUUGUUCACAAAUUUGAUCAACAUCAGCUAAACCUCACCUAUCACGAGGAUAAUGAUUAUUCAAAGCAUCUUCAUUGUGAUAUUUGUGAGGGAAAAAGAGACCCGAACCUCUGGUAUUAUUGUUGUUCGACCUGUGAUACUUCUGCUCAUCCCGAUUGUAUUCUUGGAGAAUUUCCAUUUAUCAAAGAUGGGAUCACAUUGCCUCGUCCUUAUGGUUACGGACAUCCUCACAAGCUUCGGUUUCUUAGGAAGGCUGAGGACUACCCUAACUGCUGGUUAUGCGGUCAGCGUUGCCGAAGAGAAAUUCUCAAGUGUACUGAGUCUACGUGCAACUAUAUUAUGUGUUCCGCUCAAAAUGGAAGGUUUAGAGGUCUUAUAGAAUCCAAGGAGUUCACAAAUGAGAACGAUUUCGCAUUUCCUUCCUACUGCUUCGAGGACUGA